AACGACAAAGGGAGCUGUCUCUCGUAUAUUCGCAAUCGACCGUCUCAGUCUUACGCUAAAAUCAAUUUUAGAGCCAAGCCCAAUUUUUCUCACCCCACUCUACGCGCCCCCGCCCUUCCUUCUCCUCUCUGUUUCAAGAAUCCAGAUGCCCCUACUCUUUUCUCACCUCUAUCAUUCCUCCCAUUUCCCUUCCCAAUUUCCCCAUUUGCCCCUCCUUUUCCCUCCUCCUCCUCCUCCUCCGCCACCCGCCACCGUCGCGUCUCUAGUUUGUUCCCCUCCGCUGCCACCUCUGUCCUCGACAAAUCUAUGUAUAGCAAGAUUGCCAUUUUCUGCAUUUUAUGUUCUGGCCUGAUCCUGGGUGCUGGAUAAAAGAUAUGUUCAUCCUUGAGCUAUUAGGGUUUCAGGGCGUACUGUAUGUCUUCUUGUUGGUCACUUUUUUGGUGAUUCGUCCCAUGUGGAGGAAUGCAGAGGUCAGAAAAGAGGAGAUCAUAAGGCUCGUCGAUAUGGCGUCUCAAGAGGCCGCUAUCGCAGCAAUGGAGGCUUCAGCGGACUCUAGUUUUGUUCCAGUUUCUUGUGGGUAUCAAUGUGCCGUCUGUUAUUCCCCGACUACCAUGCGCUGCUCUAAGUGCAAGGCUGUUCGCUACUGUUCUGGUAAGUGUCAAAUUAUUCACUGGAGACAAGGUCACAAGGAUGAAUGUUCUCCUCCAAUUAUCUCUGUGCCACUCAAAGAGGAAAGUAAUUCUAUCAGGGUUGCAGCAUCACUGACAGAGUCUGAUGCCUGUGGCUCUGAAGGAACAUGUGCUGGUACUGCAUCUUCCAAUAAUUUUUAUUCCAGCUUUAAUCCAUCUGUUGCUGAAAGCAAAUCAUCUGACGUUGAUUCUCAUAGCAGAUUGGCUAAACCUGUAUGUCAUAAUAUGCCUGAGGCUUCUUCUCAUAUUGUUGAGACAGUGCUGACAACCUCUCUUCCCAUAGACUCUAGAAGUUCAGUGAACAUUCAAACUAAACAUUCUAGUGCAAGCAAAAAAAAUAAGAUAAAUUCUUGUCAUGUUUCUGAUGAUACUUCUUUUAAAUCAAAACUGCCAAAAAUCAAGACCGACAAAUCUCAUGAUGCAGCAGCAAAUUUUGUUGGCCAUGUGCACAAAAGACAAGUUUCUACUGUUGAGAAAUCAGCAACAGAUGCCUCUAAGGGCAGACCCUUGCCUCCCAUGAAUUCAAAUUCAGAGGCUAUAGCUGAUAACGAAGUAGAAGAAUCACGUUUAUCCAAGUAUAGAGACAUAAAAAUAUCUCCAAAUGGUGCCCAUAUUCUAUCAUUGGCUACUAAGUCUGAAGAUUAUCGUGCCUUGCUGGCAAAAGGGGGAGGUAUGCAAAACCUACAGCAAAAUGUUCGUAAUGGCUUGAAAACAUCCAUGCGAAAAGUGGUCCAGCAGUUUAAAAGCUCCAGAGAUUCAGCGUCUAGUCUUAUAUCCAUUGAAAAUGAGAUGGGCUUUCCUUAUGAACUCUUUACAGAACUUUACUGUUAUAACAAGGUGGAGCUAUACCCCUUCGGCCUUACAAACUGUGGGAACAGCUGUUACGCUAAUGCUGUUCUCCAGUGCUUGGCAUAUACUCGGCCAUUAACUUCUUAUUUCUUUCAUGGGCUACAUUCCAAACAAUGUCAGAAGAAUGGAUGGUGUUUUAUCUGUGAAUUUGAAUACUUAAUUCAGAAGGCCAAAGAAGGGAACAAUCCACUUUCUCCCAUUGGGAUAUUAUCUAAAAUACACAAGAUUGGAAGCCGCCUUGGACAUGGAAAGGAGGAAGAUGCCCAUGAAUUUUUGAGGUGUGCAGUUGAGACCAUGCAAUCCAUUUGCCUUAAGGAAGCUGGCGUCUCAACUCCAUUGGCAGAAGAAACAACCUUAGUUGGGUACACUUUUGGGGGCUAUCUUCGAUCUAAGAUAAAGUGCUUAAGGUGCCUUGGUAAAUCUGAGAGGUAUGAGAGAAUGAUGGAUCUUACUGUUGAAAUUGAUGGGGACAUUGGAACACUGGAGGAUGCUCUUGGACAAUUUACUGCACCAGAAAUCUUGGAGAAAGACAACAAGUAUCACUGUGGGAGAUGUAAAUCAUACGAGAAAGCCAGGAAGAAGUUGACAGUAUUGGAGGCACCAAAUAUUCUUACGAUUGUAUUAAAAAGAUUUCAGUCUGGUAAUUUUGAGAAGUUGAAUAAGACGGUGCAGUUCCCUGAGGUUCUGAAUUUGGCUCCGUAUAUGAGUGGAACAAAAGAUAAAUCUCCAUUAUACAGCCUUUAUGCUGUGGUUGUCCAUUUGGAUAUCAUGAAUGCUGCAUAUUCAGGCCACUAUGUCUGCUAUGUGAAGAACUUUCGGGACGAAUGGUUUAGGAUUGAUGACAGCAUGGUAACACCCGUUGAACUGCAUACAGUUUUAUCAGAAAGGGCAUACAUGCUUCUUUAUGCAAGGCACUCUCCAAAGCCCCCAGUGUCAAUAACUAGCAAUGCAAUCUCCUCUGGAAAGUACAAGAGAAGGAACUUGGAGGCCAUUCCUGCUUCUAAAACUAGAUCCAACUCCAUGGCUGGAAAUGGAUUUCCUCCCACCUCACAGCCUAAGCAAGGCAAGCACCCUCACCGGAAUGCCAGUGAAGGUCCCAUGAGCAACGAGUUUGUAUAUCCGGAAGAAUGGAGAUUCCCCUACGGGAAACGAAAUGCAAUAGUUGAUUCUUCUAGCGAGAGCUCUUCCCUUUUCAGCUCCUCGGACGCAAGUUCUUGUAGUACGGCUAGUACCAAGGACUCUGGCAAUAGUGCUGAGUUCUCCGACUACAUAUUUGGUGAGAUGGCACACAAUUGGGACACUCGCUAUGGGCUCUCAUCAAAUUCAGUCACAUACUGUGAAAAUUGGGGCACAGAUUGUUUAGUGGGUAGUAAUGAUCCUUGUAUGAGGCCGAGGCAGGACUCAGAAUUAGAAGAUAAUACAGUUUUUCAUGCUAACAGGAACAGAAGUCAUGGUGGCAGUAGGGGGAGUGACCUUAAAAGAUAUGUCUCUGCUAACCAUUGACAGAUUCUGGUGUACAUGUGAGAAGAACCAGUAGGGAUACAUCAGCUCAAACGUUUUUAUUGAGUUUGGGUUGAGAUAGAAGUAAUCACCAUUUGAGAUGUCCAUGGGUACAGUGAAAAUGAAUAUUUUUUUUGGUCAACCGAUCUCUUCAUGAAUAA